AUGGCGCAGGAUCCACGCGCGCUUCUACAAAAAGCCGACAAAGCAGCCUCGUCGGCAGGCGGAGGUUUCUCUUUCUUCGGCGGGAAGACGGACAAAUACGAAAAUGCCGUCGAGCUAUACACACAAGCGGCGAAUGCAUUCCGAAUGCAGAAAGCUGGCAAGGAAGCCGGACAAGCCUUCGAACGAGCCGCCGCAAUCCAGUCUAAGAACCUCAACGAACCCGACGAUGCGGCGAACACAUUGACAGAGGCAUUUAAGAGCUAUCGGAAAGACGAGCCGGAGGAGGCGGCGAGGGUGUUGAGCCAGGCAAUCAGCCACUACACGCUGAAGGGAAACUUUCGAAGGGCGGCGACAUUUCAACAACAGCUGGCGGAAUUAUUUGAAGUGGAGCUAGGAGAUCAAAAGAGAGCGAUGGAAGCUUACGAGUCGGCCGCUGGUUGGUAUGAGACUGAUAAUGCUGAGCAACUCGCCAACAAGCUCUUCCUCAAAGUUGCCGAUAUCUCUGCGCUCGAGGCCGAUUACUACAAAGCGAUAGCCAACUAUGAGCGCGUGGCGAAGAGUGCGAUCAACAACAACCUCAUGAAGUGGUCGGUGAAGGAAUAUCUCCUCAAAUCUGGCCUUUGCCACUUGGCUACUGCGGACGUGAUUGCAACAAACCGCGCUCUCGAAUCGUACCGCGACUUGGAUCCGUCCUUUGGUGGAACAAGAGAGCACCAGCUUCUGGUCGAUUUGGUGCAGGCGGUCGAAGCAGGUGAUCAGGACGCAUUUGCGGAUAAGCUGUUUCAGUUUGACCAGAUGUCCAAGCUGGACAAGUGGAAGACGACCAUCUUGCUUAGGGUGAAGGAGGGGAUUGAGGAGCAAGGCGAGGAUUUCUCAUAG